AUGGCUUUAUCCACUAAGGGCCAGCAACCUCAAAUGACGACUAUUGCAAGUCCACCUGAUGCGCAGUCUCCUUCGCCUACAAAAGUCUUUAGUCUUGCAAUAUUUUUUCUGAACAUUUUCCAAAGUUCACCACCACCAACCCCAACGGUGGUCUCCCAUCCGCCGCCACCAUCGAUACCACCACCAUCAGCUUCGACCUUCGAUACAGUUCAACCACCUCCAUUACCAUUAGAGGUUGCCCGCCCACCUAUAAACGAUACUGGUUCACCCAUCACACCGUCACCAGAGAAUGAGGUUCCAACUCCAGGGUUGCAGGUUAGUCGUCCACCGCCAGAACCUACAGCCAAUAUUGGUGCACCCAUGUUUAAACCCGAUCCCAACACACCAUCACCACAGAAUGAGGUUCCAAUUCCAGGGUUGGAUAGCCGUCCCCCACCAGAGCCCAUUAGGGCUGGUGUCCCAGUAUUUGCACCAGCACCUCCCACCUUUGAACCGCCUCCACAGCCACCAAACGAUGAAGUUCAACCACCAUCUUUUAUACUCCGGUCCCCGCCUACGCCUUCCACGGCUCCCAUGAUCUUUACGUCCCCUGCCCCUUCACCUCCAACAGGUACUUUUCAACCAGACGAUGAUUAUUUCCUUGUUCCAGCUAUAACAGCCGAAACCACACCACCAUCACUAGAGGAGGAGGAUUAUUUCUCACCACCAUCAGAAAACUAG